CUUCCGCCAUCCGCUCACUUUCUACUUUGUAGGAUUGUGAGUGGGGUGUGUGGGGCGCUCCGCGUUCUUGCACCCUUUGCUCACCUAUUUUUGUGCCAAAACACAAAAUACAUAAAAAUAUCGUAAAAGAAAAACCCAUUUGUGGCCUAGUUCCGAACCCCAGCAAGAAAACAUGAACUCAGCAGGCCAGAACUACCCCAUGGCGUCUCUGUACGUCGGGGACCUGCACCCCGAUGUCACAGAAGCUAUGCUGUUUGAGAAGUUCUCGACGGCCGGGCCGGUGCUUUCCAUCAGAGUGUGCCGGGACAUGAUCACCAGGCGCUCGCUGGGAUAUGCCUACGUGAACUUCCAGCAGCCGGUUGACGCCGAGCGCGCCCUGGACACGAUGAACUUUGACGUGGUGAAGGGCCGGCCCAUCCGCAUCAUGUGGUCGCAGCGGGACCCGUCGCUACGCCGCUCCGGCGUCGGCAACAUCUUCAUCAAGUCACUGGAUAAGACGAUCGACAACAAGGCCAUGUACGACACGUUCUCGGCCUUCGGCAACAUCAUGAGCUGCCGCGUGGCUACCGACGAGAACAGCGUCUCCAAGGGCUACGGCUUCGUGCACUUCGAGACCGAGAAAGCGGCCACUGAGGCGAUCGAAAAGGUCAACGGUAUGCUGCUGAAUGGCAAGAAGGUGUUCGUCGGCCGUUUCAUCCCGCGCAAGGAGCGCGAGAAGGAGCUGGGAGAGAAGGCCCGUCGCUUCACGAACGUCUACGUCAAGAACUUCGGCACCGAACUGGACGAGGAGAAGCUGAAGGAGAUGUUCGAGCAGCACGGUGCCAUCACCAGCCUGAAGGUGGUCACCAGCGAGGACGGCACCGCCAAAGGCUUCGGCUUCGUGAGCUUCGAGGAGCCGGAGGCGGCUGAAGCAGCUGUGAACGAGCUGAACGGCAAAGAAAUAAACGGCAAGACGCUGUACGUGGGCCGCGCCCAGAAGAAGGCCGAGCGCCAGCAGGAGCUGAAGCGCAAGUUCGAGCAGAUCAAGCUGGAGCGCAUGAACCGCUACCAGGGCGUCAACCUGUACGUCAAGAACCUGGACGACGGCAUCGACGACGAGCGCCUGCGCCGCGAGUUCGCCCAGUUCGGCACCAUCACCAGUGCCAGGGUGAUGAUGGAGGACGGCCGGAGCCGCGGCUUUGGCUUUGUGUGCUUCUCGUCGCCCGAGGAGGCCACCAAGGCCGUCACCGACAUGAACGGCCGCAUCGUCUCCUCCAAGCCGCUGUACGUGGCGCUGGCGCAGCGCAAGGAGGACCGCAAGGCGCACCUGGCCAGCCAGUACAUGCAGCGCAUGACGGGCAUGCGCAUGCCCGGAGUCAGCCCCAUGUUCCAGGCGGGCGCCGGCGGCUACUUCGUGCCGACCAUGCCGCAGGCGACGCAGCGGUUCUACCCGCCGGCGCAGAUGGCGCACCAGAUGCGGCCGGGACCGCGCUGGCAGCAGCCCGGCGGCCAGAUGCGCCUGGGCGGCCAGGCGCAGCCGGGCAUGGCGGCGCCGUUCCGGGCCCAGGCGCAGCGUCAGCCGGCGCCCGGCGGCGUCAUGCGCGGCCUGCAGGCGCAGGCGCGCCCCAUCACCGGCCAGCAGGCGCUCAUGCCGGCCGGCAUGCAGCCGCGCCCCAUGGCCCCGCAGCCCGGCCCCAUGGCACAGCCGCGUCCCAACUACAAGUACACGUCCAACAUGCGCAACCCGCCGCAGCAGCUGGCGGGCGGCGUGGUGGCGCAGCCGCCGCUGGCGCCGCAGCCGCUGGCGCAGCCGGCCGUGCGCGUGCAGGGUCAGGAGCCGCUGACGGCCAGCAUGCUGGCGGCGGCGCCCGAGCAGGAGCAGAAGCAGAUGCUGGGCGAGCGGCUCUACCCCAUGAUCCAGCGCAUGUACCCGGAGCUGGCCGGCAAGGUGACCGGUAUGCUGCUGGAGAUCGACAACUCUGAGCUGGUGCACAUGCUGGAGCACCACGAGUCGCUCAAGGGCAAGGUGGACGAGGCGGUGGCUGUGCUGCAGGCGCACCAGACCAAGCAGCCGGCCGCGGCCGACGCCGCCCCGGCCGCCGCCGCCGUCGCCGCCACUGGCGCUAAGGAGUAAACCCCUGGCGCGCCGCCCCCGCUGACUGUCCGUCGGCGCGGCGGCCGCUGGGACUGUAAAAAAAUAGCAAAACGGGAAAACCCAUGUAAAAAUGUAACGCCGUCGUGGGCGUCGGCCGACUAGUUAGCGGUUGGGGUUCGGAACUUAGCCACAAGCGUCGUAGCCUCGGGGCGCGCGGCCGCCGCCAGCGCGCGGCGGUCGGCGGCGCCCCGCCUUCCGCUGUCUCCGCUCCCUAUCCUGUGCGGCCCGCCCCGGCCGUGGCACGCGCUGCCGGGGCGGCCGCCCGCUAUCCCCUGCGCGCGGUCCAGCCGCAGGCUCCACGCCUAUCGUCACCGAGAAAACUGCCAAAAAAAUCGCAAAACAAAAAGCAACCAUUGGAGACGGCACGCUGGGGGUGAACUGUGCCCCCGGCCGGCGCGUGCUCCCGCUGACUGAUUCUGUGAGUGGAAGCGUUUGAAUAUCAUCAAAUUGGUUGAUGCAGGAUGGGCGUGCGGGCACGCCCGCGCCCAUCCCCACUCCUAGUCGAGUGGUGCCGCCUUUCUGUUGUGGCCAGAACUACUCCCUCCAGGAGAGUGAGGGCUCUGUAGAGCUAAGUACGAGUCAUUGUCCAUCAAGAUGAUACAUGUAUAAAAUGACAAAACAUCUUUUUUAUAAAAAGCUCAAAACAUGCUCUCGCUUAGGGAGAUUGAGAAAGCUCAUAACAGAAAGUGUCAGAAAAACCUUUUAAGAAUAAAAAAAUAAACCCAGCCUGAGUCCCAUUAUGAAAACGUUUUAAUGUGCGAGCUGUAAGGGUGUGAUAGCGUCAGUCGCCUUCACUGUGUUUGUGGAGCGGUGAUAGAGCCAGAACAUCAGCUUUGACCGCCCGUGCUACAUUAUUCCUCUUCCGUGUCAUUUGCUUUUGCUGUCUUGCGUUCUGACGUUCUUCGUUUCGCAAUAAAUUUCCUUCUGAAC